UUUUGCAGUCGUGUACCGUUUGCUGAGUCGUUUGGAACGCGAGCGCCGUGUGAGCGCCAUUGUGAAAAGUGAAAAGUGAAAAAUGGAUUUUCCGCCCUGGGCACUAGAUGCGCUUGGGCCGCCCGAGCAUUUGCCGUCGCUCGUCAGCGAUUAACAAGUGUUUUCCCCCAGUUUUCCCCAACCACUCUCCACCAACCUCAACCAUUUUGUAGGCGUGGGCCAAGCGGAAAUGAGAAAAUUUAAUUAUAACAAAUAUUAAUUGUCAUCCUCUGUCAAAUCAAAUUGAAAUUCGUGUGUGUCUGUGUGUCUUAAUGUGUAAUUGCGUAAAUAAUCUUUUUAAUUAAUUACUGUAAAUGACUCAAGAAAGUUGAAUCUUACCCAAAUACGGUCGAUAUAUCGACGUGAUAAAUAAUUCCUUCAAGUUGUUGAAAGCAUUUAAAAUACAAAAAUAUUCGAAUUAACAGCAACAAGGCAAACGAUUUGUUUAUCAAAACGAAAAUCAUACACACACAUAACGAAAACCAAAACGAAAGGGGAAUAAAUGGAUUUAGAAAUAGAGGAAAAUUCAAAUAAAAUACAGCAUUAAGAGAGCAAGCGAAUAUGUUUAAUUUGCUGCGAAGAUCGCGUCGUGGAAAAACGCACAAAAUCGCUGAAGAUGAGGAGGACAGGGACAGACCCGUGAGAUAUAGCCAGAUCGGAGCAUUAUCCGGUGCUCUUAGACAAGAGCAGCAGCAGAAGCAGCCAGCGGAAAGAGCUCGUCGGGCGGUGAUCGAAGAGCUGGAGGACUUUGCCAGCGACUUUGACAACGAGAUCGAGAACGACCAAGACCAAAACCAAAACCAAAACCAAAACAGCGGCGACGAAGAGCGUUUAAAAUUAGCAAAAACAGCUGCUAAUGGCCGCUCCGACAAUUUGUAUAUAAAUAAAAUGGGCAGAGAUGCGAGGACGUAUUCCUCGGGCGGUGAUCGAAAUGCGGCUCCCAGCAGCAGUCAAAACGAGGCAGCCAGCGCGAUCGCGAGCAAAAGCGUUGGUAAUCAGCUAAUUGCCACUAUCGAUGGAUCUGCAGACCAUCCGCAGUGCAUUAAGGAAAACGAAUUGCUAAAACGACAAUCUCUGAUUUCUCUGGGAAGUUUUAAGCUGGUCAACCCUAGAGCAGAUAGUCCAGAAAAAGAGCCGCGAAAAGCAAGGAAAACUCUGCAAAAGAGUCGCGAUUUUUUAAGCGACAUUUUCAUGGCGCGUGGUCGAAACCAGCAGCGUCAAAAGCAGCAAAUUACCGCCGCUGCUGGCAAGCCAAAUAAAUCGAAUCAUAAAAGUAAUGCCAAAGACGUAAUCGCCGCCGCCGCCGCCGCUGCCGCACAACACCUUGAAACGAACUCCGACCCCGCGCUCGCAUCCCCGACUACUUAUCAAAUGACUUUGGCUAAUAAUAGUUGCCCAGAGAAUAGCGGCCAACAAAAACAAAGAGUGAGCGAAGAGAAAAGUAAGCCAGCUGGAGGGCAGCAGCAAGAGCACAAGAGUUUUCCCGCAGAGAGCACGAACACGAAUUUUCCGCCAGAGAUCGAGCCGGAAAAAGUGGCGAAAGUCAUGCGUUCGUCGUCGUUCAUUCAAGCGGCAAACGUUGAGCGGUCAACAGCAAUUGCCGAACAGCAGCAGCAGCAGCAACAGCAGCAGCAGCAGCAACAGCAGCCCGGCAAUGCAAUUGCUGCCCCGCAGCAACAUCAAGCGCCACAGCAGCAACAUCGGCAAUUAAGUGACAUAACCAUGGGCCAAACCAGUGCCAAACCGAACGAAAUCAGUUCGGCGCACAGUUCGCGUUCGAGUACGCCGCGUGAGUUCCGUGAAUCGAUCGUGAGUACGCCGCCGCCACAGGCCCCGCCCAGACAUCAAAAAUCGCCGGAAGUGCCUAAGAUCACCGUGGAAGAUUGCAGUUUUCCCGAGGAUGCAACAACCAAAUCGCAGGAAAUCUACUACGAACUAAAUGAGCCCACUGAAGAUUCGCUAAAUAUUGAAGAACUCAAUGAGGCGCACAUUGAGACCCUAGAAGAUGAGGUCUUUGCCUCGGACAUACCGGCUACUAUAUAUCAAAACCCAACUAGUCGUCCCUGGACACGCCUCAGUCAUGUGAAGCUGGAAAAUGUGCAGGAGGAGGCCGAAGAGGAGGAUGAAGAGGAGGAUCUGGAUGAUGUGGAUGAGGCGGUGGACUUGGAAUACGAAAAUAACAUAGGCCACAAUCAGGCGAAUGGCAACUCCCGGCAAUCGGCCAGUAGCGAAAGGAGUGCCCUCAAAAGUGACUCCAAUUUGAGCAGCAGUUAUGCAGAUUCCGGGAUUGGGGAUCAAGAAUUGAAUGCACCUCCGCAGCCACCUCAGCCACCGCCACGCAGCUCCUCGUCGCACAUGGCAACCACCGCCCAACACCUGAGCCACCACACCUUCAUACGCGAUGGCAACUCCACCGACUGCGAGGAGACCUUUCUGCAGUGCGACGAACUCGACGACAUUGAGCGUUUCGGCGAGUUCAGCGAGCGUUUGGUAUGCAUCGAGAGCAUCAGUCUGCCGGAUGUCGUUGUGGAGUCAACGACCGCCAAUGCAGCCACAUCAGCAACAUCAGCAUCGGCAUCAGGAACGGCCACAGCACCACCAUCAACAGCCACAAAUGGUGGCGAUUCGCAGAUCAACAUCAAUAUUGCCAACGGAGCGGGGGGCAAUAGCCUGGGCAAUGUCCACUUCAUACCCAUCCACGUCGAGGGUCGCAGUCACAGUCACAGUCACAGUCACAGUCGGAGUCGCAGCGGCAGUCCCAAACAGCGCAGCAGGGACGACAGUUGCCUCGGCCAGGACAUGACGCCCAGCAUCGAGAUCAUCGAGGAUGGCAGUGUCCUCAACAAGCCGGUGCGCCAGGAAAGCCCCUUCGACAAUCAGGAACUCAGAAAGGAGCUAAAACAGCAGAAAGCUCGAUUUGCCAGCCAAUUGGAUGAGGCCCACAAGAAUGCCAAUCAACUGGAGGUCAAAGUUGGAGAUAUGCAGUUCAAGAUUCAGCAACUGGAACAGGAAUUGUCUAUUAAGCAGUGGAAUGUGGAAAGACUUCAGGGUGAACUGAGUGCUGCCCACAAGGACGAUGAGUAUGUGCGAAAAAAGCUCAAACUUUUGGAGGAUGAAAAGGUCCACUUACGGCACAAAUACAGCGAAAAUCAAGAUGAAUUCCAGAUCAAAUACAACGAACUCGAAGCUCAGUAUACCGAACUAACCGAGAAGUACAAAGUGACUCAGAGCCUGGCCAAGGGCUUGCAAACCCAGUUGGCCUGUGCCCAAGUCGAGGCUGAGGAAUGGCGCCAGCAGGUGGAGAAGAUCCGAGCGGAGCUGGAGGACCAGAUACGCAUCCUGAAAAACGCGCUCGACAAUUCUGAAGCAGAGCGCAAGAUCUGCGAGGACAAAUGGCAAAAGGAGUUCGAAAUGCUCAGGACACACAAUCGAGAACGCGAGGAAUCGCUGAUGACGGACUGCGAGUGGCAACUGCGGCAGAUGCAGCGGCAGUGCAAGGACAAGAUGGACAAAUCGAACUACGAGCGAAAGCAGGCAUCCGCGAAGGCGGAGGAGCUGGAACUGGAGUUGCAGUCCCGCCGGAAGGAAUCCGAGCUGCUGCGCACCUGCCAGGCGCAGGUGAACUCGCUGAGGGGCGUGGUCAGCGAACAGGAGCAGUCCAUCCAAACGCUAAUGGAUCGCAUCGAGAACCUGAAGGCGGAUCUGCAGUCGGCCAAUGAGAAUCUCGAGGCGCAGAUCGAGGCGGUGCAUAAGAUCAAAUAUCAGUGUGAUAAUGCCAUCUAUGACAAGGAGCGUCAAAUGAUCUACAAAAUCGAUGAGGUGCGCAACGAGGCGGCCGCCUUCUGGGAAAACAAACUUUACACAGAGAUGACAAGACUGACAAAUGAACUGGAGUCCGUGUAUGUGGACGAGCGCCGGGAUGCAUUGGAUAAACUGCAGAACGAGCACAUCGAGGAGUUGCGGGCACUGACCAAUCGAUACACAUCCAACGAGGAGGAACUGCGAACUGAAAUCGAGGAUCUGCACGAAAGCCUGGAGCUGAAGAAACAGGAUUUCCUCAGCCUGCGUGAGCGUUCCGACAAUGCCCUUCUGCAGACCCGCAUGCAUUUGGACAAAGCGGAUCGCGAGUACCAAAAUGCCAUGAGCCGCGAGGAGGAUCGUCGUCUGGAGCUGGAGGAACGCCUUAAAAAGGAGUUCGAAGCGGAGAAGGCCGAGAUGGAGGAGAAGUUCCGGGAGCGACUUGGCCAGGUGAAGGAGGAGUUCGCCAAGGAGCUGCAGCUCUCCACGCAGGACAUGGUCGACUCGCAUCGCAAGGAGCUGGACUCUCAAAAGGCCAAGUUGCAGGCGGAGAGGGAUGAGGCGCUGCAGGAACUUGUGGAACGACAUCGCGCGAAAAUGGCCGCUGCCGAUGAACGAAUCAACGAUGUAGAACUUCGGCACCAGCGUAAUCUCAAGGACCUGAAGGCGGCCUACGAUGCCGAAAAGGCGGCGCUGGACAAGCGCGACAUCAGCAACGCCAACGAGAUCGAGCAGCUGCACCGCAAGUGCCGCUGCCUGACCAACCUGUUCGAGGAGAUGAGGAUGCGAUACGAAAGGCGGGACCCGCGAGCCGAGGAUCUGCGUGAGAUUUCCGAGCUGAGGACUCGAUGCGAAAGCCAGGAGCGCGAUUUGUAUGUGCUCACCGAUCGCCUGCGGGAAAUGCAGAUUCAAAUGUCCGAGAUGCAGCAAAAUGAUGACAAUCGCAAAGGGGGCGGGAAAUCGGUGAAGAAACCGCCGCCCAAAUCGAUAGCCACCAAUUGUGACGUCAUUUACGAGGAAAACGAAGAGCGGGAAUCCCCGGAGCAGGAAAAUGGGGAAAACUCCUCCCGCGGAGAUGAUGACGAUGACGACGAAGAGGAGGAGGAAAUCGAACAGGAGCCCAGCGAUACAGAGUCGAAUCACACGAUCGAAGUCAAUGGAAAAUCAGAUCGGAUCAACGAGGAUGACGCCCAUCUGAUCACAGCCGUGUGAUUUGUAAUCCCGUCUAUAUCCUUCAAAUUUGUGGCUGUAUUUUUACGUGAUCCCCAGGAGUGGAUGUUCCUGGAUCAAGGACUUGCGAUCCCGAUUGCUUUGGUGCCCAACGUGCUGCCCUCUGUAUCGCAGGAUACGGAAAUCAACCCAAUCAAAACAAAACAAAAACGCUCAAAGCUUGAACUCAUAAAAAUUGUAAAUGAAAUUUCUGAAUUGGUUUUUGAAACCUCAAAAAAAAAGAACGAAAUAAAUGUAAAUAUUUUUAACUAAAACAA